CCUGAACUAGAGGAAGAAUUGCGCUACGAGACGAUAGCGAUUGAGCUAGUUUUUAGGAUCCCGAUUAAUGCGAACAGUUAGGGAAUCUGAUUAAAGGAAUAGAAAAUGACGAAGUUACAGUUGUUGCACCGCGCAGUGAGCGAGCGGCUGCAGGCCGCGGUGGAGCAGAUCAUGGAGAUGGUUGGAGGCACAGUGCAGGAGUAUGAGGAAGAGACGCUGAGAGCGCGCACUGAGAAUGAGCUGCUCAGACGCAGACUGCGAUGGAUGGAGGGAGAAAAUCCCACCGACUGGCCAGAUCCCACAGUGCCCACAGCUCUAACAGUCCUGAGCGAGGCGGAUCUCUCUGAGCAGACUGGCAGCCUGGACAGCAUACUAAGUCUGGAUGCUUUAAUUAUCAAAACUGAGUCUAUUGAUGCAUCUGAUUUUGAGGCUUUUGGGCACAACACAGGUCUCCCAGCAGUGCUUGGCUUUAAUACGGAAAGGUGUUCAUCUCAUACAAGUGCUCCCACUGAAACAGGCUUUUCUGAUGGCAUGCAAUGGGACUCGGCACACAGCUACAUGGCUCCGUUAGACUGUGAUCCUACUUUGCCCAUAGUGAAAAGCAGAAGUCAGAGGAUGUCCUUCGCCUGCCCGGUCUGUGGAAAAGUGUUUGCUAGGGAGCAGCGACUGAUGUUCCACAUGCGUGUUCAUUCCACUGAGAGGCCCUACAAAUACCGGCAGCGCAAAACAUUUUAUUAUGGAGACAAAAAACGGAAGAAGAAACUGUGUGGCCUUUCCAGGUUAUCAAGAGAGUUUGCGGAGGACCUGUCGGACACGUCUGAGCAGACAGAAAGGAGUACCGUGUCAACAAAUGUUAGUGUGUCAGUAACUGCUACAGAAGCAGAGCCAGUUGAAGCAUCAGAUGCUGCAAGUGAACCUACAGUCAGCAGCAAGCACUCGGAGAGAAGUGCACCCAGACCUGCGAGUCUCAAAGCCAAGCAAUUAACUGAAAAAGCUCUGAUCCAUCAGUGCCAACACUGUAACCAAGCCUUCAUCCAUCUCUCACGGCUGGCGAUUCACAUGAAGAAGGCCCACAAAAUAUCACUUUCUAGUUCAGAAGAACCAAAAGAACAAGGAUGCAGUGACCAAAAAUUACAGCAGCAUGAUAAGAAAGUUGUAAUAAGAAACAAUGAAACAGAAGUGGAAAAGGCAAAAGCAGUAGGCCAGAGCCUGUUUCAGUGCCCCGAGUGCAACAAGAUUUUUGCUCGCUCCUGUUGGCUGUCCUUUCACUUAAAGUCACACAUACGAGAACGAGCUUUGCUCUGCAGACAGGAGAAAAAAGAACAGCUCAAAAACAAGAUGAAAAAUGCCCCACAGCUCUCAACUGAACUGAUGAAGGGGACAGUCUGUUCGAAGAAAAUCUUUGCUUGCCCACACUGUGAUAAAGUUUUUACUCGUGAAGGAUGGUUGGGACCACAUAUACGUACUCACUUAUUAAAUACACCCCAAAAAAGUGAUGUUCUUCUCAAACACAUCUUCCCUAAUCCAUCUCAGAGAAGAUCUCGACGAACCACUAUCAAGAAGUCAAAGGAAGGCAGCAUUGAUGAAAAUAAAGUCUUUGAGUUAAAGAACAGAACUGAAACGUCAGAAAGAGUCACCCCGCAACCUACAAUUUCAGAGAAUUUUACACCCCCACAAAUCACUAUGGAAUCAAAAACAAACUUAGAAACCCAAAACAUAAUCAUUUUUGACUCAAAAAGUACCAACACUGGCCAAAUUACAGUGCAAUCAAACACAGCCCUUGAAGAGUCUUCAGGAGAAAAGGGAGAUGAUAAAAAAUCAAAAAAGACGUUUCCAUGCCAAGAGUGUGGCAAAGUUUAUUUACUGGCUGGCUGGCUAAAGACUCACAAGAAGAUGCACAAAAAAGAGAGGACUGUAAUGGAGAAGAGGAAACGCCUAUUGGCGUUGGGAGACUUUAGACAAAAUAAGAGCAAAGCAAAUGAACAGAGUCUUGUGGAAAUGGAUAUUGUGGAGAUAAAACAAAGAAAGAAAAUAAAGGACCUUAAGACACAGUCCAACCAUCAAAACAAAAAGAUGAAGAAGAAACGGCUUACAAAUACAGAGCUGCUAAAGAAUAUGGAUAAAUCUAUUGUUGGGGAAGCUGAAGACAAAAGCAAAGAGUCGGGAGACAAAACUCCUGACCAAUGGAUCUGCCAAGACUGUGGCAAAGUGUAUGCAAGAAAGAACUGGCUGAGGUUACACAUGCUCGGUCACAGUAAAGAACUGUUGGACUUGCGGCAAAAAAUAAAUGUUGAGGCACGGAAAAAUGAUAGCCAGACGUUAAUAGUGGGCUCAUCCAUUGAGGAUUCUACUGUUCUUAAAGGAAAAGCUGGAGGUAAAGCAAUGUUUCCCUGUCCCUUUUGUGAUAAAGUCUUUCCACGAGCAAUGCGGCUGAUGGUGCACAUGCAGAUCCACUCAGGCGACCAGCCAUAUUCAUACCAACAAAGCAAUGACCAAUUUUACAACACAGUAGAUACAAACAAACAGGAGCCUACAAUAGAUGCCAGCGAUGAAAGAAUGAAGGAUGAACAAGAUGAAGGGACUACGAAUCAGAUCUCUGCAGUGUCCCAUGACCAUAUAAGCACUACGGAGUUAAUGGAAACAGUUCAACCUCAAACAUUCUGCACUGGCAGAAAAUUCAGCCUACUACCUCUGCAGUCACCUGGUGGACCUACCAUUCACAAUACAAGUCACGCAAGGACUGAUUCAAAAUCAGACAAUUACUUCAGUUUACAGCCUAGAAUUGUUUUAGAUCCAGUUACUGAUCAAUCCAACCACUCUGGGAAGGAGGAUUUAAAACUGGGUAUUGGUGAGACUACUGACACUAAUUUACAUCACACGUCUACUUUAGAACCAGUUUGUGCUUCUACAGGCAAACAGGUUGAUCUAGAUACUGUUUGUCCUACAUUUGGUUCAGUUGUGCUUGCUAGUACAGGGGACCAGAAAACCACAGAAUCUCUUAAUUGCAGAAUAUCAGAGGUUUUGGAAGAAGGAUGUGUGGUAGAAAGCCAUGAUUGUGUUAACCAGAACACAAUAAGAAAGGAACUGGGACUGCUGGAAAAGGAUAUAAAAUCAGACGGGACUUAUAUUUGUACCAAUGAGAAAUCUAGGUUUUUUGAUAUAGCGCAAGUCAAAAAUACCACACCUCUCUCUGAACAUGAGAAAUCUGAAAUUGAUGAUGCACUGAAUCUUGAUAGAAUUUCCAAUGAGAAAGUUCUGAAUUCGCAGUUCAUUUCGAAGGAUCACAGCUCAAAUACCCUGCAGCAAUUACCUCACACAGAAAAAGGUUAUAUGAUCAUCUCGAACGUCAGUGACGAGGAUACCUGGCCAGUCCCUUCAUCUGAAAGUGUGUCUGACAAAGUGUUUUUUGACAAGUCUACCCCAAGCUCCUCAGUAAUGGCGAAUGACUCUGAUCUAAUGUUUCAACUAAAGACUGAUGAAAGAAGUUUUCAUUUCAACUCUGAACAAAAGAUACAAGAUGGUUUAAUGUUUUCUGAGGCAUCCUUAACACAACAAAUGAAGGUGCAUUCUGUGUCUGGUGGGACUGGCAAGAAGUCAAAAGCCUUGAGAAAGACACUCAAAAGAAGGACAAAAAAAAAUAAAACAAAGAUUAAGCAACAAGUUGUCCAAGUUCAGGUAUGCAACUCAAUCAGAGGAGAAAGUGCUACAAAAGCUAGCGUACUUUUAAAUUAGCUGCCAUUGUUCACUGUGCUCAUGUGGAACAAGUGUAGUCGUGACCUGAGAUUUGAGUCAUUUAUGAUUAUUUUGUGAAAUGAAUUUUAAUUUUGAUAUGUAUUUAGUUAUAAGGAAUAUAGAUUGAUAGAUCUAUAGAAUGCAAACAUUCUUUGAACACAUCAUUGCUGAAAAUAUCUGGAAUGGGUAGUGAUUUAGUAGACAUUGCUAAAAUCUCAGGAAUACAUAACUCUCAUACAGCCAUGAAUGCAAAUACAUUUGAAUUAUCUGGAAGCCCACACAUUGAGGAAACUCUUCUGUUUGAAGACUUGUAGAAAAACACAAUUUAAUCUUAAAUCAUAUUCAGAGAAAUAUGUGUGUUGUGUGAAUGUGUUGAUAGAAGUUUUUUAAAAUUGUGAGAGAGGGAAGUUAUUGAGACUUUGUUGCUGUAAGAAAUGUAAUAACUGAUCAAAAUGAGCUCUUGUUCAUUGUUGUCUUUUCAGGGGUCUUAUAAAAAGAAACUAGCUUUGUAUUGUAUACAGUGGUUACAGUAUAGCACUGAUAAAUUUUUGUUUAAAGGUUUAGAUUUA